GCCUGCGGACAUUUUUAGAUGUAGGACUCAUUCCGGCCGAUUCACACACCUGGCCGAGCUCUCGCUCCGGUGCCCCACCCCCUGUGACCCCCGUCUGACCCCAGGCGGGCGCGUAGCAGAGAAAAAGAAAGAGGGUGUCAAGCUCAGCCAGUGGUUUGUUGGUGUGAUGGUACCCCACUUGACACUACCCUUCAGGCGUCGCAUCUGGUCCUUGGCCUCCAGUCAGCUGGUUCCCAGAAGACACAGAGGACACAGCCUCCUGUAUACGGCUCCAGAGGCCCGCACGGAUGGGAUUGCCCCAGUGUUCAUCCGUGCCCUGGCCUUCGGGGACAGGAUUGCCCUUAUUGACAAACAUGGCCGUCACACCUACAGGGAGCUCUAUGACCGCAGCCUUUGCCUGGCCCAGGAGAUCUGCAGGCUUCGGGGUUGUAAGGUUGGAGACCUCCAGGAAGAGAGGAUCUCCUUUCUGUGUUCCAAUGAUGUCUCCUAUGUGGUCGCACAGUGGGCCUCCUGGAUGAGUGGCGGGGUCGCCGUCCCGCUCUACUGGAGGCACCCGGAGGCCCAGCUAGAGUAUUUCAUCCAGGAUUCCCGGAGCUCUGUGGUCAUGGUGGGCCAGGAGUACUUAGAGCGGCUGAGUCCACUGGCCCAGAGGCUGGGGGUCCCCCUUCUUCCCCUCACACCUGCCGUCUACCAUGGAGCAGCCGAGCAGCCCGCAGAGCAGUUGGUUCCAGAGAGGGAGUGGCGUGACCGGGGUGCCAUGAUCUUCUACACCAGCGGGACCACAGGGAAGCCCAAGGGUGCACUGAGCACCCAUCGUAACAUAGCAGCUGUGGUGACUGGGCUGGUCCACUCCUGGGCAUGGACGAAGAAUGAUGCGAUCCUUCACGUCCUCCCGCUGCACCAUGUCCACGGCGUGAUCAACAAGCUGCUGUGUCCGCUCUGGGUAGGAGCCACCUGUGUGAUGCUGCCUGAGUUCAGUGCCCAGCAGGUCUGGGAGAAGUUCCUGAGUUCUGAGGCUCCACGGAUUAAUGUCUUUAUGGCAGUGCCCACCAUCUACAGCAAACUGCUAGAUUACUAUGACAAGCACUUCACACAGCCUCAUGUCCAGGACUUCGUGCGUGCCGUUUGUAAGGAAAAAAUUAGGCUGAUGGUGUCAGGCUCAGCUGCCCUGCCUGUCCCAGUGCUGGAGAAGUGGAAGAGUGCCACGGGCCACACACUCCUGGAGCGCUAUGGCAUGACGGAGAUUGGCAUGGCCCUGUCCAACCCCCUGACGGAGGCUCGCCUGCCAGGUUCUGUGGGGACCCCACUGCCAGGAGUGGAAGUGCGCAUCGUCUCGGAAAACCUGCAGAAGGGAUCCCCCUACAUCGUCCAUGCUGAGGGGAAUGAGAGGGAGACAAAGGUGACCCCAGGGUUCGAAGAAAAGGAGGGGGAGCUGCUGGUUAAGGGACCUUCUGUGUUUCGGGAAUACUGGGACAAGCCAGAAGAAACUAAAAAUGCUUUCACUUCGGAUGGCUGGUUCAGAACAGGAGACACAGCCGUGUUCAAGGAUGACAGGUACUGGAUCCGAGGGCGGACCUCAGUGGACAUCAUCAAGACCGGAGGCUACAAGGUCAGCGCCUUGGAGAUCGAGCGGCACCUGCUGGCCCACCCCAGCAUCACAGGUGAGGGACCGGAUGUGGCUGUGAUUGGCGUUCCGGAUAUGACAUGGGGCCAGCGGAUCACAGCUGUGGUAACCCUACAAGAAGGACACUCAUUGUCCCAUACAGACCUCAAGGAGUGGGCCAGAGGCGUCCUGGCACCCUAUGCUGUGCCCUCUGAGCUCCUGCUGGUGGAGGAGAUCCCACGAAACCAGAUGGGCAAGGUGAAUAAGAAGGAGCUGCUCAAGCGGUUCUACCCCUCGUGAGCUGGCCAGGCCAAGCAAAGGACAGCAAGCAUUUCCUGAUGAUCAUGUACUGUGGUCCAGAGACCCUUAGAUGGAACCCCCACCCCGCAAUCAGGUUGACCAGAAUCAAAACCCCAAGUAAGGCUUUCCCAGCCCCAGGCCAAUUGUCCGAGUUCAGGUGACUGUCCACUGGCUGUCCUCAGCGGUCUUUGUACCAGUCUCACAAGCCCGGUGAGGACAUGGCUGUGUCCAGUGUGUGCCCAAGACUGCUGACUCUCCGUGUGCAGGUCCCUGAGAAUCAGAGCUGGCACUGAGAAAAGAAGUGAAAUAAAGGCAGAAGACAUGUC